CACGCGGCGGCACCAGUCGCUCCUCUCAAAUCGCGAAACACGUCCCGGCGCCCUCGAGGACGAAAAUCGCGAGUCCAGCUCUCUUUUUUUCUCUCUCUUUCUCUUUCCGCGCGCCUCUCUCUCUCUCUCACUCACUCACUCACUCACUCACUCACUCACUCACUCACUCACUCACUCACUCACUCACUCACUCACUCAGUCACUCACUCACUCACUCACUCACUCACUCACUCACUCUCUCUCUCUCUCUCUCUGUGCAUGUGUGUACGCGCGUGUGCUUGAUUUUUCCACCAACACCACCACUUCCACCUGCUACUUCGACUCUCUGUUUUUCCCAUCGUCGCGAGUUAUCCGAACAAUCGCGUCGUGUACGUAUACGGGUUAAAUCCAGAGGAGGGAGAAACGCGAAAGACGCGUCGCCAACGAGAUGGACCAGAAACAGGAGGACAUCGGAAAACGGUGAACGAAGAAAGAAUCGCGAAACGGAUACGAGAGAUUAUUUGGAACGGAAGUUGGGUGCGAGGAUCGAGGUUGGAGAGGAGUCGUUCGACUCUCGUCGGAAAACCUCGUAUGUAUCUCGAGGGCAACCGGAAGAGCUUGCGGAGACAUUUGUCCGCGUGCAAAUACGGUGCGUUUAGAUCGACUAAUUCGUCUUCGAUUGACGCGUUAUCUCGAGUGGGAUUAUCGAGUUACCAUGUGGAAAAGCACGAUCGGACGCGCAAUGUGCGCUACGUAGGUGUCGCGUGUGUUGACCGAGACGAGAACCGUUGAUCGUCGGUGAUCGUAGUGUUUGGGUUCUUUGUGCCGAAUGAAUAGCCAAUUUCCCAAUUGAAAAAUAUAGUCGCGAAUACCGUAUACCGUAAUCGCGAGGCCAUUACCACGGAACUAAAAUACUUUCCUCCUUCCAAAACGAUACAUCCGUCCAGUGCAAACAUCUCGAGAGACAACGAAGGCCGAAUAACGCAAUCCACAGGAUUUCGAAGACAGAUCGGGUCCAGAAGACGCCGCGCCGUUGCUGGUUAAAAAUAAGAAAAGAAAAGAAAAGAAAAGAAAAGAAAAGCAAAGAAAAGAAAAGCAAAGAAAAGAAAAGAAAAGAAAAGAAAAGAAAAGAAAAGAAAAGAAAAGAAAAGCGUGCCAAAGUGAAACAGCAAACUCGUUCAUCGAGGAGGUUGUUGCGAAUAAGAAAAGUUGGAGACUCGAUGCUCGCGUAGAAAGCGUGCGCGUAUAGAGUCGAAUUUGUAAUUCGCUAAAGAAAAUGAGACGGCAGAGAGAGAGAGAGAGAGAGAAAGGAAUCAGGAGAAGGAAAGGUGGCUUGGAGGAAUCGGCACGGGCGGCUUAAUAGUCUGAUAGUCUGAUAGGCUGAUAGGCUGAUAGGAGCGCGAGCUGCGAAUGAAAAAGCGCGCGAGAGCGUUGGCCGGGUCUCGCGAGGACGAAAAAUGAACGAAAGCGCGGUCUACCUACUCGGAUCGGAACAAGAGGUAAUCGUGCCGAGUAAACAGCUGAACAGAAGCUUUUACAGCGGCAGCUAUCCGUCGCAGAAUAGCAGUUACGAGGAUCUGUGGAACCUAGCCACGGACAGAGCCGGUUUAGCGAUAGUUUUGUUCGUAUUCUCGGUGGCCACCGUAUUCGGUAAUACGUUGGUGAUCCUGGCGGUGGUCAGGGAAAGAUACCUUCACACGGCAACCAAUUAUUUCAUCACGUCGUUGGCGUUCGCAGACUGCCUAGUCGGGCUGGUGGUGAUGCCGUUCAGCGCGAUCUACGAGGUGCUGGAAAACCGGUGGCUGUUCACGCACGACUGGUGCGACGUUUGGCGAUCGUUGGAUGUGCUCUUCUCGACUGCGUCCAUUUUGAACCUGUGCGUCAUCAGCCUAGACCGUUACUGGGCGGUCACCGAUCCGUUUACUUAUCCGAGAAGAAUGACCAGAAGACGGGCCGCUAUUUUGAUCGGCAUCGUCUGGAUCUGCUCGAGCGCGAUCUCGUUUCCGGCUAUCGCUUGGUGGAGGGCGGUAAGAACGGAAGAGGUGCCGGAGGACAAGUGUCCAUUUACCGAGCACCUGGGCUACCUGAUUUUCUCCUCCACUAUCAGCUUCUACGUGCCGUUAUUCGUGAUGGUGUUCACCUAUUACAAAAUCUACCGAGCCGCCGUGAUUCAAACGAGAAGCCUCAAGCUGGGCACCAAACAGGUUAUCAUGGCCUCCGGUGAAUUGGAGCUCACUCUGAGGAUACAUCGAGGGGGCGGGACCAACACGGACGCUAGGCAUCUCUUCCGGACCGCUUCGAGCACACCCGAGGAUCUGCAAGAUCUCGAGGAACCGCUGACGGCGAUACAGAACAACUGUCUAACCAGAGUACCAUCAACGAGGAUCACGAAGCAGCAUUUGGGAAAAAAUUUUUCCCUCUCGCGCAAGCUAGCCAAAUUCGCCAAGGAGAAGAAAGCCGCCAAGACUCUAGGGAUCGUGAUGGGCGUCUUCAUCAUUUGUUGGCUGCCGUUUUUCGUCGUGAACCUUUGGUCGGGUUUUUGCACGCAAUGCAUAUGGCAGGAGGAAAUCGUGUUUGCCGCCGUCACGUGGCUCGGUUGGAUCAACAGUGGAAUGAAUCCAGUUAUUUACGCUUGCUGGAGCAGAGAUUUUAGAAGAGCUUUCGCGAGGAUUCUUUGCGGCUGCUGCCCUAGACGAAUGAGACGACGAUAUCAGCCAGCAUUUAGAUGUAAACCAAGCCAAUACGUUUCCGGAACGAAUGUCGGCGGACAGGCCAGCAGCGUCAGUUACAGUAGCGUGAGUCAAAGCAGCGACGGUGGUACCGCGAGUGGGUUGGCAAGCGGCGGGAUCUGACGUCACACUGGGGCCCGGAACGGGCCUCGUCGAGAAAGAGCGAUUCGUUUUCGGGACACGUGAUUAUAGGAGAAGAGUCGUUCGGCGGUUCGAGCUAGAGAAAUUCCUCGAGACGUUUGGACGAGGAAAACAACGAUAACUCGUGACGGUUCUGUAUGCCCAAAGAAACGAUGAUCGAACGAUAUCAACUGGUAGCCGGUAACCGAUUACACGUUACGUACCUAGCCGUACCACCUGGCUGAGCCGCGCAACAUACAAAUCAACGGUUCGUCGCGUUGUGGAGGAAUAACGCCAACGGUGCGGUGCUUCUUGCCGCACUCGAUAAUACAUGUAGUAGUAUCCCAUCGAGUUUACGCGACGAAAAGUGGACCACGCGAAGGAGAGUGAUUACCGCUUCGCUCCUUCUUCUAUGCAUAUGUAUGCAUACAUACGUGUAUACCUACAGAGUGUAUUCUAAAUGGAUACGUAGGAUACGCUUUAGCGGCCGAUCGACGACACAAAUGUAACGAACAAACUUUACACAAAUCUAUUUCUUUCUAUUUCACUUUGCCGCCAAUUAUAACCACUUUUCAAAUCUGAUCAUUUUUCAUCUAACAAUAAAAUCGAGUCGAUACACCUAUCGUCAGAGUUGAAAGAUAACCAAUUGUACAUUACGUAGGUGAAACGUUUAGACAUACUCUCCGUAGCCUUUGUAUCAUCGAUUCACCGCUAAACCGAGAACCUGCCAAAUAUACUUGCACGGAUACAUCCUGUGUACAAGUAACAAGUAACAAGUAAUCUGCUGCAAACUGCAAACAAUUUAGCCGAUUUAGCGAAUCAAAGCACGCCGAAACAGUGCUGUACAUGUAUCCAUCGUAUCGUGCGAGCCAGCGAUUUUAUUUAUAAUAACAGUGCAAAGUCAUAUAAAUUAUUAUAUGUAUUAUAACACCUAAUGUACCAGCCUUGCAUUUCGUUCGUUUUUUACAUUCGGCUAAUUCUUCCUUUACGUUCCUUUGCAUUUGUAUUUGCAUUUGUAUUUGCUUAGAUAUACCAGAGCGUAUCUGCCAUCUAUCAUACAUGGAAAUCUUCAUCGAACAUGAUCGAAAUCGAUUACACAUCUGUCAAACUAUCAUCUAUCUAAUUUCACCCGAUUAUCGUAAUGGACAAUCUCUAUUCGAAAAAUGGACGUAUACCAGAUACCAAGUCCGUACCCUCUAUAGCCAAUAUUUUUCCAGAACGCGUAUUUAUUUGAUCAAAAUCAUCGUAAUACAUGUAUGUAGGUAUGUAGGUAUGUACCCGUCAGUGUACAUAAACCAUCGCCGUAUAACUGUAAAUAUUAGAAAACUUUAACGCGAACUAUGAAACGACACAAACGCGACUAUGUACGAGAAACUGUAAAAAAACGCGUAUUUCAAGCGAAUAUAUGUAUACAUGUAUGUAUAACUAUAUACAAAUACAUAUGUACAUACACGUUUCGCCGGUUAACGAUAAUUUCAAUAUUUUAUUCAACGUUAACUCCACUCUAUCGUGCUGAAAAUUCCGAUGAAUAAAAAGGAUGUAGUUACUUGUAGUAGUAAUGCAUGCGAUUUCAACAAAUCGAUUAUGAAGAAUACAAUGUUGAAAAGAUGCGAGGGUAACC